AUGGUGCGGGCGGUUCGGAAGCAGUACCUGCAGCAGAUUGUAAUGUGAGUUGGGCUUUUGAUGCAGUUUCAACAAAAAAAAAACACAAUAUUUGAAGCAACUUUGUCUUUAUCGUCUUGCUCUCGUUGAUUGUCUGCCCAGUGCUGGUCCCUCCAAUUCCUGGCUACUUCAUGAUGGGUCUUCUGGAAACGUUUCAGAUAAAUGUUGCGCUACCGCUGGUUUUUAUGAUGCAUUCUGUUAUAGGUGAGUCGUAAAUUUCUGUUUUGUGACGCUGACAAAUUGAGGGGUGCACUUUUAAAGAGCAAGAAGUGAAGAGUCCAAAAAUCAAUUUCAGUUGUGGCUCUUUCCAUAAUGCAACUCGUCAAGCAUCAAUUAACAACGCUCUCGGAUCUCCGAUUCACCAAGAAGUUCGAUGUGGCAGUCGAUGUGAUCCGCGCGCUUUUCCGCUGUUGCUAUCUCUUGAUGCUCCUCACCGCACUUGCCAUUCUUCCGGCUCUUACCAUCGAGUUUGAGCUCGACGGGUUUCGGAAGGGAGCUUUUGAGGUUUGACAGUUUCUCACGAGCUCAAGUUUACCCUUCUGUUUCAGUAUUUCCAAAACCCACUCGUGCUGUGCCCUAACAUGUUCAUUGCGGACCCUCGUCAUUGGAAGAUCUAUGUUCCGUACAUUGUCUCUUUUACAUUUGGAGUCUUGUGUUCGCUAACCGGGUGUUUGAGCGUCGGCACGUGUCUAAUGAUGAUUUAUGAAUCAAGAAAAGUGGUCUCCAAAGACACGCUGAUUAUGCAGCGAAAUUUCACUAUUAUGCUUAUUUAUCAGGUGUCUCAGCUCUCUCUCUCUAUCGUCUACUUCACUUAUUCCCAACUUUUCAGGCUCUAGUCUACACCACCUUCAUAAUUGUUCCCGUUGGCGUCAUCUCGACGCUCUUCUACGCAGACAUCCCUCUCCCUGGUAAAGAUUUUGAGCAAUACUCUAAUAGACGCAAAAUUUUCAGAAAACGGACUCUACUACCUGUUGAUGAUCAGUGCGCAGGGAUCCGUCAACAAUCUAAUGCACAUUGUGCCAGGAUUGUGGAAACGUUUUGGCAGGAAAGCGGUGAUGAUGCCGACGCAGAAAUUCACAAAAGAUGGUAUGAUGUGGUCGACUAGUGCUUCUGUCAUUGUUACCUGAUAUUCUGUUUGUUAAUGGUUUCCUGGGUCUUUUUUUUUGUUUCUGUUUUGUUUUUAUUCCUCUCCAGAAGUUUGACAUCAUCAGUACGAAAGUAUCACAUCCGGGGAAUGUUCAUUGGAGUCAUGUGAUUGCUCUUUAAUAAAUUGAUUGAUUUUUGUCAGUUGCACCACAUGAGGAAUACAUAAAACUAUGAUCUGUGGAUCUUCCCAUCUUAUGACAUCCUUGAGCAUCGACGGACGAUUCCAGAUCGCUCUCCAUUCUAUCUGGAAUGUUCUACUUUGACCGACCUCCCCUUCCCUCCGUCUUUCUGUCCGCAUCACCUGAUCUUGUCUCGUUUUCGCCGCCGCCGCCGCCUGCCACCGUCACCACCGCUCAGAGUGUGUAACAAUUAUAACAAGGGCCUGUGCGUCCGUCCAUCACGUGCACAAAGGCUCACGAACCUUCUGAAUCGUUCUACGCGUCUCAACGUCCCAGUUUAUAAGGUAAGCGGGUCCCUAGGCCCAGGUACUUGUGUGGUAAGAUACUGCUACAUGGAGUCUGCUCUCUUCUAACAGACGGCCAUCCUUUUACCUCGUCUUAUGACCCUUUUUACUGCUAUUAUCGCCUACUCAAACAUUCGCCCGUCUUAACGACUUUCUGGGUUAACGACUGUUUCUGUUUCCUCUUGUACAUGUACCCUCUAACUAGUACAUCUUCUACCCAUUCUUGCCUGUGCUCUGACGAGUAUUGGAAAUUUGAAUUCUGCACUUGCAUAGUCGUGUCAAAGUUUAGGAAAGCUUUAAAUAGUGCCUUAAACCAAAGAACACUUUUUUGCUGUCAUUCUUGUAUAAUUUCAUCAGCUUUUUGUUAGCGUAUCAUCCUGAAAUUCAAACUGACGCGUGACGUUUUGAAACUUGACAAAUUGCACCACAACACACUCUAUUCGGGUCGCUCCACCUUCAAACUGUACUAUUCUCGUCUCCUUCCCUGCCGGAGCACUCUCGGGGCUCCAUUCUCAAUUGAUAACGUGAUGGUUUGAUCUCUCGUCGUCAGUGUCUCGCCGUCCCUUCCCUUCAACUGUGACUGAUUGACGCUGGUGGCUGCCCGGUUUGUCGCCGCCCCCUCCCGGAUGCCUUCAUAUACCCUGUCGUGUUCGCAUUUUGUCACCCACUUUUUCGUUUUCAAAUAUCAUUUGACAAGCAUCACAUUUUGAGUUUGCAGAGGAGAUGAACCGAUUCGUUCUUCUGGCGUUGCUCGCCGUCGUCGCCGUCAACUCGGCAAAGCUCUCAAGACAAAUCGAGGCGGCCAUCGAGCAAUGGGACGACUACAAGGAGGAUUACGGUAAGUCACGGAUUCAGACGGCUAGGAUCAGUAAAUGAUUUGUAGAGAAGGAGUACUCGGAGAGUGAGGAGCAGACCUACAUGGAGGCUUUCGUCAAGAACGUGAUCCACAUCGAGAACCACAAUCGUGAUCAUCGUCUCGGCAGAAAGACCUUCGAGAUGGGACUCAACCACAUUGCUGAUCUCGUGAGUUCAAUUGCUCAUUUCGUUUCGUAAUCCAAUCCUCUUCCUUGUUCAAUUCUCGUCUGAUGAGUGAAUGAUAGUGACGAUAGCAUAACCGAUUUUCGGAAUCCUCUCUCGGCAACGAGUUUUUCGUUCCUUCUCUUGACAACAAUGGCUUUGAGAAAUAAGAAACAAGAGAGAGAGAUAGCGUUUUUUUUUUGUGUGUGUGUGAAAGAAAAGGGAUAUUUAUCCAUCCUGACAAGUGGCGACCCAUCGUGACUGACCAACAGCUGCCACGAUAUGAUGUUUGAGAAAAGUUCAUUUGCAGCCGUUCAACCAGUAUCGCAAGCUCAACGGAUACCGCCGUCUUUUCGGUGACUCGCGCAUCAAGAACGCCUCCACCUUCCUCACGCCAUUCAACGUGCAAGUGCCUGAUGAGGUCGACUGGCGCGACACCCACCUCGUCACCGACGUCAAGAACCAGGGAAUGUGCGGAUCUUGCUGGGCGUUCUCCGCCACCGGAGCCCUUGAGGGACAGCACGCUCGCAAACUCGGAAAGCUCGUCUCUCUCUCCGAGCAAAAUCUUGUCGACUGCUCCACCAAGUACGGAAACCACGGCUGCAACGGAGGACUCAUGGACCAGGCGUUCGAGUACAUCCGCGACAACCACGGAGUCGACACCGAGGACGCGUACCCAUACAAGGGACGUGACAUGAAGUGCCACUUUAACAAGAAGGACAUUGGCGCUGAUGAUAAGGGAUACACCGAUCUUCCGGAGGGAGAUGAGGAGAAGCUGAAGAUCGCCGUCGCCACCCAGGGACCAAUCUCCAUCGCGAUUGACGCCGGACAUCGUAGCUUCCAGCUCUACAAGAAGGGUAAGUAAUAGUUGUUUGUGUGAGGGUGAUAGUCAUGUCGAGGUCAUCUAUGUUUACAUUUCGGAUGAUAGUGAUGGACAGUCACAUUGAUAAGCGAUAAGUGACAAGCAUUACUGAUAGCGGUACAUGUUUUGAGUGAUAGUCGAGCGAAAGUUUUGAAUUUGAAUUCGAUACUGAUGGAAAACGGCAAACUGUAAUGUGUUCAGGAGUCUACUACGACGAGGAGUGCUCAUCGGAGGAGCUCGACCACGGAGUCCUGCUCGUCGGAUACGGAACCGACCCGGAGCACGGAGACUACUGGCUGGUCAAAAACUCGUGGGGAACCGGAUGGGGAGAGAAGGGAUACAUCCGCAUCGCCCGCAACCGCAACAAUCACUGCGGAGUUGCCACCAAGGCCAGCUACCCACUCGUCUAA